CCAGCCAUGUGAUAUUCCAGGGGGUCAUGUUGACUACGUCUGUGGUCGAUCUAGUUUAUAAUACCGGUACUCUGAUCUUUUAGAGACGCUCUCUCUGUCUCUCAAGAUGGCUGAACCUACCAAGCAAGAGAUAGCUCAAGUGUUUAAGAGAUUGAGAUCUAUGGGGCCUAACAAAUUGUGUUUUGAUUGUGCGGCCAAGAACCCAACCUGGGCCUCGGUCACGUAUGGUAUAUUCAUCUGUAUUGACUGUUCAGCUGUACAUCGCUCGCUGGGCGUUCACCUCAGCUUCGUUAGGUCCACACAACUCGACUCGUGGACUUGGAUACAGCUGAGAGGCAUGCAAGUUGGUGGGAACACAAACGCUACUGUGUUCUUCCGUCAACACGGCUGUACUACUAAAGAGGCUCACACUAAGUACGACAGUCGUGCGGCUCAACUGUAUAGGGACAAGCUGAGCAGCAAGGCAGCUGCUGCUCAGACCCAGUACAAGACACAGCUACACAUUGAGACUCAGAGUGAGGAGACUAAAGAAGAGGACUUCUUCUCUAUGGUCCUACAGCCGCAACCAGACGCACUGGAUCUGGACAAGAGUGCUGUGUCUCUAUCCUCGGUUCCCAUGGCAAUGCAGCCUCGUACCGGACCCAAGAAUGGAAGUGGAGACAAUGUGGACUCCAGGCAACCAAAUGUUGGCACCCUCCAAUCUCCAACCAAUCCCAACACACCACACCCACUCCCAGUCUCCCACGAGCCCAAGUCCUCUCUCAUUGGAAAGCGUAAAGCCCCAGCCAAGAAACUGGGUGCCAAGAAAGGUCUGGGAGGUCAAAAGAUCACGAAGAGUUUCUCGGAAAUAGAGCAACAAAUUGAACAAGAAGAGAAGAUGAAGCACGCCUCCUCAGGAAUGAGUGCACCAGAGCCACGGGGGACAGAGGAGCGGUCCGCCAGACUAGAGUAUAGGAUGGACACGCGCAGUAUGGAUCCUCAAAAGGCUAAGCAAGCGGAGAGGCUGGGAAUGGGUGUGGCUUCAAGAGCUGGUGUUGGUCAUUCUGCGUCAUCCAACAUGGGCACCAUUAAUCAGGUGGGGCCAACCAAGAGUGGGCGUGGUCAGCGCACAGACAAAGGAGGGGUCUCCUAUGACAGGAAUGACUCAUAUGGCUCAAGUAGCUACGAUCCCCCUGGUUACACGUCACAUGACUCUGGCUACACAUCACGUGAUCUUGGCACUCGCUCCUCGUACACUGAGCAGCGACCCAGUAACAAGCAUAGUGCGUUUGGAGGGGGAUGGGAGGACAAGAGCUCCUCGUCCAGCAAGGAUGGUGGGAGCACAUGGGGAAGCAGCUCCUCGUCCAGCAAGGUGUCCGGUGGUGGGGGUGGGAGCACAUGGGGAAGCAGCUCCUCGUCCAGCAAGGUGUCUGGUGGUGGGGGUGGGAGCACAUGGGCAACCAGCACAUCUAGUGCUGACUCAGCACAACAAAGGUUCUCCAGUGCCAAGUCCAUCUCCUCUGAUCAGUACUUUGGCCGAGACAGUGGUGGAUCCCUGGGUGAUGGAGGUGCUGAGGCCGGCAAAUUUUCUGGUGCUUCUGGUAUCUCCAGUGAUGAUUAUUUUGGCCGCUCUACUAAAACAAGCGGUGGUGGUCAGGGAGAAGAGCUGAGGUCCAAGAUAUCCUCCAAGAUCUCCACUGUGGCCAGCAACGUCAUGGAAACCAUACAGGAUCGCUACCAUGGUUACAGAAAUUAAAUGACUCUUUUGAUCAGAUAAUUAUGGAUAGAUAUAAUUAUAGCUCGAACUUCGUGUAUUUUUCACCUAUCAAAAACUAUUAAUUCUCACAUGAUUAAGUUACUGUACAGUAAGCAAUAAUCCAACAAAAGUUAUGUUUAAUGGAUAAUUAUUGUAACUGUGAA